UACUGAUCCCGGAAGUGAAAUGCUAUCAGCUGAAUCCAAACGUCUCAGAAGUGCACUUUAUGGAGUGUAGAGACCCCUGGUAUAACCCUGUAUAUUGUGCAGCUGUAAGGUGUGGACACAUCGAGGACUUUAUUAUUUGUAAAAAUAAUUCAUUUUGUUUCUGAGCGGAUAUUUAAAGGGAUGAGCUCCGGGUUAUUAAGGCUGGGACUGCAGCUGUGUCCUGCCCGGCGAGUGUCCUGUCACGGAGCAUGGAGAAAACAUUAUUCUGCUCAAAGUGGAGCUCUCGAGAAGGCCAUAGCAGCUUUCCGCUCGGUCAGCGGCGACGAUGGCGUAUCUACAGGUUCAGCAGUGCGAGAACAGCACGGGAGAGACGAGUCAGUGCACAGAUGUCGCCCCCCAGACGCCGUUGUGUUCCCUCGUUGUGUGGAAGAGGUCAGCGCUCUGGCCAAAAUCUGCCACCAACACAGAUUGCCCAUCAUCCCCUUUGGCACAGGAACAGGUCUGGAAGGAGGAGUGGGUGCUGUGAAGGGUGGUGUGUGUUUCAGUCUCAGGAAGAUGGACCAGGUGCUGGAUUUGCACCCAGAGGAUUUUGACGUGACUGUGGAGCCUGGAGUCACACGCAAAGCACUCAACGCCUACCUGCGUGACACAGGACUCUGGUUUCCCGUAGACCCUGGUGCGGACGCGUCUCUUUGCGGUAUGGCUGCCACCAGCGCGUCGGGCACUAAUGCCGUGCGCUACGGUACCAUGCGUGAGAACGUCCUCAAUCUAGAGGUGGUGCUGGCAGACGGGAAAAUCAUACACACGGCGGGAAAAGGGAGGCGGCCAAGAAAGACAGCGGCAGGUUAUAACUUGACGAAUCUGUUCGUGGGUUCUGAGGGAACACUGGGGAUCCUGACCAAAACCACUCUCCGGCUGUAUGGUAUUCCAGAGAGCAUGGUGUCGGCUGUCUGCUCCUUUCCCUCGGUUCAGGCCGCUGUAGACAGCACAGUGCAGGUUCUGCAGUCUGGAGUGCCCAUUGCUCGUAUUGAGUUCCUGGAUGAUGUGAUGAUUGGCGCCUGUAACCACUUCAACUCCCUGUCCUACCCGGUCCUGCCGACGCUUUUCCUCGAGUUCCAUGGCAGCUCCAGGAGUCUGGAGGAGCAGGUGAAUGUCACAGAGGAGAUCACACGUGAGAACGGUGGCUCGGACUUCGCCUGGGCUGAGGAUGAGGAGACACGUUCACGGCUCUGGAAAGCUCGACACGAUGCCUGGUACGCGGCACUGGCACUGCGGCCAGGCUGCAAGGCGUACGCAACAGAUGUGUGUGUGCCAAUCUCCCGUCUACCUCAGGUCAUAGUGGAAACCAAAGAGGACCUAAUUAGAAAUAAUCUUAUAGGUCCGAUUGCAGGUCAUGUAGGAGAUGGGAACUUCCACUGCAUCAUGGUGUUAAACCCCGACGACCCUGAUGAAGUGCAGAGAGUUCACGAAUUUACAGAUCGACUGGCCAGGAGGGCUUUGUCAGUCGACGGGACAUGCACAGGAGAACACGGCGUGGGUUUGGGGAAAAGGAACCUCCUUCAGGAGGAACUCUGCCCUCACACCAUGGAGGUGAUGCAAGGCAUCAAAGCCACGCUGGAUCCCAAUAACAUCAUGAACCCUGGAAAAAUCCUAUAGGUGACCAAUGACCUGUGGUCAGAUGCAGAGAGGAGGAAGCUACUAUGAGAUCAUAGUACAUCACUUUACCUCAGAUUGUGUACACUGUACACUAAUACAUGGAAACGGUUCUCAAAAGGCUGCUUUAUAGUUGUCAGGUGUUCAUACGAUGGUCUUCUCAGUGGCCAAAAAUCUGUGUAUUAGCCGCAGUCAGAUUGAAUAUGAUGCCAUGGAAUGUGAUGGUGUGGAAUUAACCGAUUGCUAUAAAUGAGUCGAUUCGGCUUUUAAACGAUUUACUAUAAAUAGCAGUGAUUUCGGUUUAGUCAUUGAAUUAUUCACAAUAAAUGAGUCGAUUCAGCCUUUAAAUAAUUCACAUCGAACUGCACCGAGUUGUUCAGCCUUUAAACGAUUGAAUGUUAACGCCAGUGAAUCCGUUCACUGUUUAAAAAAUGUACUAUAAACGUAGUGAGUGGGUUUAGUUUCGUAAAUGUGAUGGCAGUGAAUCCAUUCACUGUUAAAAGAUUGACUAGAAAUGUUAGUAAGUCAGUUUAGGCUUUUAGUUUUUAUAUAAUGAAAUACAUUGUAAAAUCAGCACAUUUAUUAAACAUUGUAUAAAUGACAA